CUCCGGAGACCUCUCCGCCCCAGAACAAAACUUGGUGCUGCUUUACUCGCAGGGAGACCUCUCCUUCCAGGGUUGUGGCAGUGUGGCGAUCUUCCUUUUUGGACUUCUGGCUCGUUUGCGGGUCUGUUAACACAACCAAAGCCUGUAGCAUCACUGGGAGGUGCCAAACUAUGGGGAGCCCCAUGGAGUCGCUGAGCGCGCUGGGCCGCUGGUACCUGUACGCCCUGCACGGCUACCUGGCAGAGGUGCUGUUCACGGCCACCUGGGACUUCGCCGUGCUGCGGGACUGGCGCUUCCGUGGGGGCAGCAGCGCCUGGGCGCCCUUCAUCUACGGCACCUGCGGGCUGAUGCUGGAGCGCCUCUACCUGCGCCUGCGGGGCCACUGCCGCCUGCCCACGCGUGCCACGCUCUACACCGCCUGCAUCUACCUGUGGGAGUUUGCCACGGGCGCGCUGCUGCGUCACUUUGGCGCCUGCCCCUGGGACUACAGCCACUUCGCCUACAACUUCAUGGGGCUGAUCACGCUGGAGUACAGCGCCUUCUGGUUCGUGGGCUCCAUCCUGCUCGAGACCCUGGUCAUCCGCAACGUCCUGCGACUCCGGGUGGACGGUGCCAGAAAGCCCCUCCGGCCCCGUGCCACUUUUGCGCUCAAAGAGGAAUGAGUUGGGGACAGUUCCUGCCCAGGGGACCCCUCCCCACUUCUGUCUGGGGCCUGGGGAUCCACACCCUGUUCCUGCCCAGCAGACCCUCCCCAUUUCUGCCUUGGAGACCCAUAUUGUUUCUAUUGGGGAGGCCCUCCCUUUAAAAAGUCCAAAACUUUUGGACUGGAUUGUAAUCUUCCAAAAAAAAAAAGCCAAAAACUCCACAAAGUGGAGUAACCCUAGGACAUGUUAUUGACUUUUAAUUAAAGGGAAAUUGAUUGA